AUGUCCAAGACGAAGGAGGUGGUCAUCAUGGGAGGGGUUCAGAACUUCGGCCCAGGUUCCGGCCCACUCGAGCCAGACUCGUCCAACAACCACGCCUUUGACGUCGAGUCCGCGCAACACCUCUUUGAGCGCUGCCAGGCGAUGGGCGUGCCGCUCGUCUGCGUCUCUCGGUGGGCGGCGUAUGCCUGCAAGAUGCCGCGCCAGGUUUAUGACGAGCUGGCACUCACGGGCUCGGCGAUUGCGUGGCGGCUCAGACACGCGCAGCGGACGAGCAUCGAGGAGUUGUGGGAGCGUUCGUGCGCCGUUGGGAGCGCGCGGCGAGGCCUCCCCGAGCGGUGCGAUCGCGCUUGGUUCCUGGACAGCUUCUGCGACGGAGCCGAUGGAGAGGGCCGCUCCAGCUCGGGUCCGAUCUGGGAUCUCAUUCAGGGAUUUAUGCAGUACGACACGAUGGCGCUGCUCGCCGCAGUCCCCACCCUCCGCGAGCGCUUCUUCGCGGGCCAUCCCCACACCAUCCACGGCACCACCCACACUGUCAUCGGCCGCGCAGAGGAGAGCCCCGACGUGCGGUCCCCGGAGGCGGUGCAGAGCAUGCUCCGUGAGGGGUACUGCCAGGGCCUCCUGAUCAACCACCAGCCAAAGUCGCAUGUGCUCAUCUGCCUCCAAUGCCACCCGAAUGGGUUCCAGCGCGGGAUCAACAAGAUCAACGAGAAGCAGCUCGUCAUUGACACGCGCCUAUCCAUCCUCAUGCUCCGGGCGCUGUGGGACCGCGGCGAAAUCACCAUCCACGCCUUUGUUCUCUCACUGACGAGCGAUGUCGGGACCGACGCGCGCGAGCCCGUGAUGCAGCAGGCCACCCUGUCGCCCGGACUUGGCCACGUGCCGCUCCUCGUCGCGCGUGCGAUCACGAAGGAUGGGGACGGCGGCGAGCCGCAGCGGGGCGAAGACGACGGCAUGGCCCCCCUCGAGGAACACCUAACGGCGUUGUACCUGGACGCGCCACCCAUCGGGGUGACCCUCAUUAUUGCGGCGGCCUGCACGGGCGUGGCCGGCUUUGCCGAGCGGCACCCACAGCUCUUCCGCGACAAGACGGCGCGGAUCAUCCACCUUGGCGGCGCUCUGCUAGAGGCGGGCCGGGUCACUGUGGGCAGCAAGAGCAUACUGACGGGGCAGACCGUGCUCGGACCCGACCCGGCAGCGGCCAACAACCGGGUCGAUCUCGAGGCGGCGAGGGCAAUGUACCACUGCGCGCAGGAGAUGUCGGUGCCGCUCGUCAUCCUCUCCCGACACGUGGCGCACGCCUGCCGUCUGCCGCGGCAGCUCUUCGACAUGCUCCUGGAGCACUGCGGAUCGCUCGGGGCAGAGCUGGCCGAGGAGCAGCGGAGCAGCACGCGGCUGCUAUGGCAGCAGGCGUGCGCUCCGCUGGGCGACUCGGCGCGAGGCUCGCUCGCCGACCGAUGCGACCGGAGCUGGUUCCUAAAAACAUUUUGCCGCUCGGCAGACAUCAACUUGCACGAUACGGAGGACAUAUGGCCUUACAUCGAGUCGCUUCACGUCUACAACCCCCUCUCGAUGCUCGCAGCCGUCCCCGCCUUUGUGCAGCUCCACCUGCGCCCGAUCAAGCACACUGUGCGGUCGGCGCAGCACCUGAUCGUGGGUGUGAGCGAGACGGACCCGGGUGUUGAGGACCGUCGUGCGCUGCGCAGCUUCGUCUGCAGGUGCUUGAUGAAAGCCAGCAUCGCCAACCAGGCCGAGUUCCACCCGAUCAAACCGCCACCCAUCCGACUCUCAUUUUGUGGAGAGGCGGAGCCGUUUGACGAGACCUGGAGCUUCGAUGCGAGCGAGGACGCGUACUGA